CGUCGGCUACGCGCAUGCGUGGACCGAUCGGGUGAUAAAGCAAGAUGGCGUCUGACGGAGAAGUCCUAAACGCGGGCAUUAUAUUUCUGUAUUCUUACAUAUAUGUUGUUUAAUAGAGUACACACGGUUAAUAAUUGUUUGUAGCCGGAUACAUUAGUCUGAGCGCACUUUGACACUUCUCCUGUUUGAUAGCUUCACUUAAGGUAGCUUGCAGCUAGUUUAGCUGGCUAGUUAGCUUAGCUUGUUAGCUGCUAACAAAGAGACGCGGAAGUUAUUUAAACAUCGCUAAGUAGGGAACUAAUGUGAGUGUAAAGUGUUGUGAUUGUGUGAAAAUGUGCGAAAGAACGAUAGCAAAGUACGAGGAGGAACUUUGUCCAAGAAAAGAGGAGAAGGAGCGACAACAUCAACUACUGGAUGUUUAUUAUAAGAAACAUCAUCAAGUUGUGUUACACAGAACAGAUGUCUGUGAAGAACAACUUCUGCCUGAAAAACAGGAAUGUAGCUUAAGGAUGGUGAAGGAGGAUCCAUCAAAGAGGAAGAUGAGGCGCCACGGACCCUCUGGCGUCUUCUUUUCCUCUUUGACACAGACCCUUCCCUGUAAAAAGAAAGAGGAAGACUCACUGACCCACCACAUUAAAAAGGAAGAGGAGGAACACAGCAUCAGUCAAGAGGGAGAGCAUAUUGAAGGACUGGUGGAGUUCCCAGUGACUGGUGUCCCUGUGAAGAGUGAAGGUGAUGAGGUCAAAGGUGAAAGUGAGGAGAAGAGAGAGGCGGAGCCUCCAAGCAGCAGAUCAACACAACACAUGACAACAGAAGCUGAUGGAGACCACUGUGGAGGAUCACAAGCAGACAAGCUCUUAGCUCCACUAUCAGAUAGUGAGGACACAACGUCACACUCUCCUGACACUGAUGAUGAAGACUCUAAAGAUGAUAAGACAUGUCACACUGACAACACUCACUUCACAUGUUCUCACUGUGACAAAACUUUUCAUUACCAUUCAUAUCUGAAAAGAGACAGGAGAACACACACUGGUGAAAAAACUUUUUCCUGCUCAAAAUGUGGUAAAUGUUUUUCACGAAAAAAGGGGUUAAACGAACACAUGCUAAUACACUCUGGAGAAAAACCUUUUUCCUGUUAUCUCUGUAGUAAAGGUUUUACACAAAGUCAGAAUUUGAAAGUGCACAUGAUAACGCAAACUGGUGAAAAAGGUUUUACCUGUUCAAGUUGUGGUAAAAGUUUUACUAGCAGUUAGAGUUUGAAAGCACACAUGAGAACACACACUGGAGAAAAGCCGUUUUUCUGCUCAGAAUGUGGUAAAUGUUUUACUCACAGUCAGAGUUUGAAAGUACACAUGAGAAUACACAAUGGAGAAAAAAAUUUUUCUUUUUCCAUCUGUGGUAAAGGUUUUACACAAAAAAAACUUGUUAAACAAACACAUGCUAAUAUACACUGGGGAAAAAUGUUUUACCUGUUCAAUAUGUUGUAAAGGUUUUACAGAAAGUCAAUAUUUGAAAAAGCACACGAGAACACACACUGGUGAAAAAUCACAUUCCUGUUCAAUCUGCAACAGAAGCUAUUGUGACCGAUCAAACCUUGUAGUACACAUGAGAAGACACACAGGAGAGAAAGUGUUGAGUUGCAUUGUGUGUGGUGAAAGAUUCUCUUAUAAGUACCAGUGUAAGAAACACAAGUGUGCUGGUGAGAACAGCAGCAGCAAAUGAAACUGCAGGAUUUGAAAUAAACUGUCAAGACUUUCAUUUUGACUCUCUAACAACAUCAGCACAUAUAACGUGUGACAUUGUUUGUGUAACACAAUCUUGUUAACAUGCUUCUAUAUUUAUACACCAUUUGUUUCAGCCCAUUGCGUGCAUUAAUAUGCAACAUUUUUUACUAUUAUAUUGACAUAGAUUAUUACAAGAGUAACAAUUUUACUAAAAAGGUUAGUAAAUCCAAAACAGUACAAAACAUGUGAUACAUGAAAAGUACAUUUAGUGUACAUAUAUUUUAUCUAUCCAUCCAUUUCCUACCGCUUAUUCCCUUUGGGGUCGCGGGGGCGCUGGUGCCUAUAUAUAUUUUAUACAAAAUUAUUUCCUUUUAAAACGUGUAACAUUGUUAUUUGUGUAACACUAUUUUAAUAAGCUUCUACAUUUAUAGAUUAUAUAUUUUGUAUUAGUGUUUUUUUUAGUCAAGUACACGCAUUAAUAUGCAACAUUGUGUACUUUUAUUAAAAAUUGAACAGAACAAUUUGACUGAAAAGGUGAGAGUAAACAGUACAAUACAUAUUUUACAUACAUUAAAAAAUGUAGGUGCAUUCAUCAUACAAUAUUAGACUUAUUCUUAAUAGUGUUUGAAAUAUUGAAGUGUGACAUAUUUGUAUUUCUAAUUAUUAAUCAUCCCAUAGGUAAGCACCUUUAUAUGAUAUACAUAUUUACUGGUUCACAUCUGAAACAUCUUCUGGACCACUUCAGGAAGCAUAUUAUUAUUUACUUUAUACAUCAUUUGAACAAUUGUCUUUUAUACAAUUUUAAAAUGUAUAACUUAAUGAAUUAUUUGUUGGGUUUAUAUAAUCCAUUUAAUUAAUCAUCUUUAUUAGUCUCUUUUGUAAUAUGAUGAUUGUGUUGUAAUUGUUUUAUACGUAUUUCCCCAGACUUUUAUGCAAUAUAAAAGUGAGAGAAAAUGGCUGAAAUGUUUGUGGAAGGAUGGUUUUGUUUUUACAAACUUACAUUUGUGGAUAAAACCAAAACCCUCAAUAUUGUGUUUUAAAAAUGUUUUAUGUUUAUCCAUCCAUCCAUUUUCUCCCGCUUAUUCCCUUUUGGGGUUGCGGGGGGCGCUGACGUCUAUCUCAGCUACAAUCGGGCGGAAGGCGGUGUACACCCAGGACAAGUCGCCACCUCAUUUAACAUCCCCAAAACAAUAUCAAUUUCACAAAACAAGUUUGGAGUGUUAGGCAAACCCAAUAUAGCACAUCAUCACACAAAGAUUUACUUUGCAUAUAUUCCUAAAAAAUAAACUGUUCAUUUUGUUUCUCUAUCACAGAAAGAACAAGUGUUGUCAUAAAUUGCAAAACAACAUCAUAAAAUUAUUUUAAGUGGUCAA